CAAUUUUUUCGACCCGGAUCUCUUUUGAACCUGUGCGACUGCACACCACAGCGUGAGAGCGUUUGACAGGAACUUCGAGGUUGCUCCGCCAAAUCCAUCCGAAAUCAGAAAUUGUGUGCCCACCCGAUACCAGAGAGAGCAAUUCAGCGAUAAACUAGAUUUCUUAAACCCCUUCGGUAGAGGAUCAAUCUGUACGCAGUAAGGGAAUUAACGAUGGGGCAACACGAUAUUCGCCGCCCGUUCAAGCGUCCAGCCAUCUCCGACCAACAACGACGUAGGGACCAGUCUCUCCUCCGCCAGGAGCAAAACCGCCGCGACGCUCAGCUGCAAGCACGCCGUUUAGCCUCCACAAUUCUGUCAAUUCAGUCUGACCACCAAGAGCUCGAGUCAUUUUCUGAAGAGCCUAACAUUGAACCCGAACCUGGAACAGAGCGAAUUGAACCGGAAUAUCGACAGAGCGACAGCUAUGAUAUUUGUCAGCUCUCAAGGAUAAGAGGAGCCGGAGCUCGCCGGUGGUUUGCUAAGCAGCUUAUGCUUCCUGAGUGGAUGAUUGACGUACCUGAUAACUUGAGCAGUGACUGGUACGUAUUUGCAAGGCCUGCUGGGAAGCGAUGUUUUGUUGUAUCUUCUAAUGGGACAACGAUCAGUAGGCUACGUAAUGGAACUCUCUUGCAUAAGUUUCCUUCAGCCUUACCAAGUGGUGCCAGGACCAAUAGUAAAUCUGUUCAGUCUUAUUGCAUUCUUGAUUGUGUAUUUCAUGAGUUGGAUCAAACGUAUUAUGUGAUUGACAUGGUAGGUUGGGCUGGGUUCUCAUUAUAUGAGUGCACCGCAGAGUUCAGAUUCUACUGGUUGAACACUAAACUUGCUGAGUCAGGGGCGUGCGAUGCUCCCUCAACUUACCAUAGAUAUAGGUUCAGUAGUGUUCCAGUCUACGAUUGUGUCGAGGAAGGACUCCAUUCUGCUUAUACAGGUCCAGUGCCUUAUGUCAAGGAUGGACUGGUGUUCAUUAAUAAGCAGGCACACUACCAAACUGGGAAUACACCACUUGCAUUGGUUUGGAAAGACAAGAACUGUAGCCAGUAUGUCAUUGAUACUGAUAAUAAAGGAGAAAUUCCAACUGAACAACAUGUGGUUUUGGAACUACUGGAUGAUGGGAGACUAUCCACAUCUGAUGAUCCUCCUGUUAUUUUUGGUUGCCUGAAUGGGGAAUUCAUCCAGAAGACAGGACUACGCUCUGGAGACCUUCUACGUUUCUCUAUCAAUGAAGAUGGAUUAGUUUUGGUGGAUGGGAAACUAGAGAAGGCAGAUUUGCAAUACGUUGACAAACCCAACCGCUCUCGUGCCUUUGCUGAUAGUUACUCUAAGGUCCUAUUCCAGUAUGCGGUUCGACAUUCUCCUCUACAGAUUGAGCAUAUUUUUGCUUCUAUCAGCUCAUCAGCUAGUAGUGGUGAUGAAAGUGCAACUUGUGAUGCAGUAAUGGCAGACUGAAAGUUCCACUUGAAAUUGGUGUCAAUGGGAGUUGAAAACUACCAUGAAUGAGAUUGCGGGGAUGCAAAGAAGUUGCUAACAUUAGAAAGUUGAAACUUCACAAAGAAUGGUCGAUAUACAUCUCGUGAAAAUUUUCUCUUGUUUAGGGUUCUGGGCUACCGGCUCUCAAAUUUGCCAUAUCAGCUGGUGCGUUUGAAUGAAAGUGAUGCGUAUUGCAGUGUUUCCAGUCUUCUUAGUUCCAGAGGGAAGGGUAUGUGAUAAUGAUUAAGUCCAGUUUUGUAUUUAAUAUUGAUUCCUGAUAACUAUACUAUCAUCACAACCUCAGAAGCUGCAGUUAGCAGUAUCAUCAGCCAAUAGUCACAGUAUCGUUGUUGCAAAACAAUCGCAAUUCACAAGUAGCCGUCUUUAUUUGCAAGGCUUUGUUAUUGAAUGUAUUUGUGCAA